GAGUACCAGAGAGUCCCAGCCUCCAUGAUGGUGAGGCCCAGCCCGGUGAAGCGUGCCCGCACCCCCCCCCCAUCCUCAGCUCUGCAUCGCUCCAGAGACCGGCCCCAGAGCAGGAACAGGACGGGCUCCUCCAGCAAGGCCAAGUUGAAGAUGGCGGAGCUGCUGGCGAUAAAGAGGGACUUGACCCAGAUCAAGGUGCAGAUCGACGGGCUGCUGGACAGCGUGGACAAGAUGGACAAGCAGAGGAAGGACCACGCAGACUCCCCUCCGACCAGGGAGGGCAGUAUGUCAGAUUCUCCAUACCGUGGUUCAGUCAGCAGCCUGGAGGACUCUCCCCCCCUCCCCCUCCGCCUCCGCCUCCACAGACAGAGAGAGAGCCCAGAGCCAGGAGAGGCCAGUGAUGACGACCACCUCCACCACCACAGGAUAGGUAAUCAUCACUCAGACCUGGAGGGAGAUAUGUGAGGAGCGCCUAUCAGACUCACCAAAAACAGAGAGCAGCAAAGAGAGGUGGCAUUCCUCGGUCGUAGAGAACAUGUACUGAAGGGCCCGUCUUCGUUCUACACCAACAAGAGACAGCUGCUCUCUUUCUUGCGAAGCGUAUUGUACAUAGCUUCUUUGCUAAAUAUUUCCACAGUUACCGUGGACUCUGAGCAAUGUAAAAUACAAUUGACAUUACAAAGGGAAAACUGAUACUAUAACUUGUCACACAGACACACACACUCUGUACAUGAUUUUAAUAUUUAUUUUUUCAUCAUAAUAGUUGUAGAGACUCAUUAUGUUGUUGGGCACGAAAUGUAAAAAGCAUUUGUGUAAUGUUUGCCAAAUCACUAUAAAACAGGAGGGAUCCAUCCACUGCCACAGAGACUGAUUAGACAGAGUCAUAUUCAUCACACAAUAUCCUCAAGAGUCCUCUUGCAGUAAAUACAUUGACGUUUCUAUUGUACCCUCGCAUUGUGCUUGUCAAGUCUACACUGAUCAGGCCUGUCUGUGGGAAACCGCUGUUGGGACUGUGUUAUCUCCAACUGCAUCACCAGCAGGCCGGAUGCCGUGUGGCCAGCUGUGUUUGGCACCAUCAGACGCCGUUGAGUUCAAGCCCCUGUUAGCUACCCCGGGCGUGUGUGAGGGUUUAUGGCUUUGCUGAUUCAUUGUGUUUACUUGACUGGGGAAAUUAAUUAUGAUUAUGAGAGUUGGCUUUGUAAAAUGCAACCCUCCUGGUCCCAGUCACCUCCAUACGUAUGAGAUAGGUGUUUAUUCUUACAUGUCAACUAACCAUAUCUCGUCCAUCGUUGACAGAGAGACUAAUAUUCCUGUUGAUUAUAAGUCUGUAGGCGUCACCUCACCACCAUAUCACAAAAAUAUGAAUAUUCUUUGUAAAUAGAAUUGAUAUCAACGUACUGUGGUAUAUUCCAAAGCUGAAAUUGGUAGUUAAAAAAUAAAAUAUUGUAUGCUUCCUGUCUUUAUACUGUCAACAAGAGAAUCUGUGAAAUCCCAAAAUAAUAGUUUAAAUGAAAAAGAAUAUGAUUGGUUAUUCACUUAACAGUAAACUAAAUUGACAUGUAAUAUUUCUUCAAGUCAAACCGUCUGUUCCUGAUUGCUUCGUGUUUUAAGAUGUUAAUUUGCUCGCAGACACCUUUUCUGCUUGUUAUUUUGUGUUUGUAUUCAAUGCUGAAUGUAAUCUAUAACAUUGUGACUGUAUUAAAGGUAUUUUUCAUAAAACAAACAAGUGUUUUCAUCUCUUAUAAAUCAUAGGUCACGAUAACAAUUAAUCGGUGAUGGGGACUGACAGUAUAACAGUUGCAUUAAAUAUUUAACCCGGGGGUGUGUUGAGCAUCGUUAACAAUUAGCCCAACUGAGAAAUGUUGUUUAUUUACACUACAGAAUCCUUAAUGACAGCUAUGCCAAAUCUGAGCUGUCUGAUUUUCAGAAGGCUUAUCGGUGGAUUGUAUCUGCUUCUGGAUAAAGUUGGUCAUCUGUGAUGAACACUGCAGCAAGCAGAGCUAACUUUUAUUAACCCCGGGGUUACUGUGUACCGCUGGUAAGCUGUUUUUGAGACGGCUCAACCUUUGAUCCUGAUGGUUUGUUUACUUCUGUAAGGGACCCUGAGUGACUUCCACUAGGGAACCCCCGUCACUUCACCUUUUUUGUCGGACCAGUUGAAGGGUAGCCAAGCCAAGUUUUCAGAAGAGAUAAAACAUUGAGUAAACUUUCAUGUCCGGACAGGACAGUAGCCCUCUGACCACUCACGUGUUGAACACAGGGGACGGUUUACCUGCCGUCAGAAUGCCCCUCAGUCUGCAUCGACUGGACUCAAACUUGUUCAUUUGGAACCUCAUCACAGUAGGAACAACGGAUGAAGAUGGUCGCUGUCCUGGACUCAUCACCAGCGAUGCUCUCACUCCUGGCAUGUACAAAAUGCGCUUUGAGACCGGCCAUUAUUGGAAGGCGCUAGACCAAACUUCCUUCUACCCCUAUGUUGAGAUCAUUUUCACCAUAAGAAAUCCCAACCAAAUAUUGCACCUACCUCUGCUUCUGAGUCGGUUCUCCUACAGCACCUACAUGGGGAGUUGAACCCUGCUACUUAAACAACAUUUCAACCACUCUUUAAUGCAACGAUAUUGACAAUAUUGGUCCAACAACUAACAACUGUUAUUAUCGUGGGAGAUAUUACUAUGACUAUAAUAAUAUAGGAUUAUCAUUAUUUUAAUAAUGAUAACAUUAAUAUUUUGUGGGCAGUCAGUAUUGUUUCAUAGAGGUUGCAUCAGAGCCCGUAUAAGACAUUCUUUAUUAGACAUUCUCUGGUUGCAUGUUCAGAAGACGCGUACGUAGUUUCUCUUAGCAAAUCAGAGGGUAAGCUCUUGUUUUCGAUGUAAGGCCCCCGUUUGUUAUCAUAA